AUGGAAACAGCGGAGUUGGUCAACACGCUCCUAAAGGCCGAGGAGGACUGCCGUGUGCUGCGAGAUGACGUCGCCACGCUCGAGAAGUCUCGACGGUUCAAGCUGCAGGAUGUGUCGACUAUCACCCCACCGCCGACAGAAUCUGGGUCGAUCUCGAAAGCCAGCAAGGGCCGCACACUGCUUCUCCCUAUCGAGGCUGUUGGCGAUCUCAACAAUAAGGCAGGUGAGGUGACCCUGCUCGUGAGGGAAUACAAGAAGCUGCUAGGGGAGCAGAAGCAACUCGAGUCUAUUUUGGAGGUUUCUCUUGCCAAGACCGCGGAGGCCAAUGAGGAAAACAAGGAGUUGAAGAAACUCAUUGGGUGCUCAAACGGUGAGCCGGUGACACACGUGAAGGAUGCCACCGAAGCUAUUGCAUACGCCAACGGCCUGAGGCACGAUGUGAUGAAGGCCCUGGUGGAACGCGAUGGUGUCAAGGUAACACUGAAGCGGCAGACGGAAUGCCUGCGGAAAAUCGCGACGGAGCUGGUAGGCACUAGGAACCUAGAGGAGUUGCGCGAGGAGGCGGCGCAGCAGCUAGAGAAGAAGAGGCUGGAGCUGGAAAACAUUCGUGACGAGACCGACGCGAUGCGGCGGCUCUUGGGACGGAAGGACAAGAUGCUGGAGAAGGAGGUCCCCAUCGACGAGGUGGCCGUUGCGCGAGCUGCUGAGACCGAUCGCCGUGUUGUGAUGCACAGGUUGGAGAAGGAGCAGAAGAAUGUGCGCCUCAAUGAGAUGGCGGUUCGCCACCGAGCACUGCAGAUUGCCAAGCUGGAGAAGCGCAUCGAGAUGAUAGGCGAUGCUGUUGGAGGAGAUGAGUCAGCCGCCGAUGAACGAGUGGACGCCGAGCUGGUAGAGCAGCUGAGGAAGGAGAUUCUCUCACUGGGUCGCGUGUAUCAGGAGUGCGGGGCUCGGCUCGAGCUGCUUGAUGCGGACGUCUCGGACUUGGACCGUCGUGCCACCGGCCUUACACGCACAACAGCAAACGUCAAAAAGGAAAUGCGGCGUCUGGAAAAGGACCACCGGAAGUUCACGAAUUUCCAGAGGAAAGAGCUCGAGGUUGAGCAGGCCGCCACGGAGCAGGAGAUCCGAGAUAUUGAACGGGAAGUUGAGAUGCUCCGCAAAGUCACCGCAUGUAAUGGAAGGAAGUAA